UAUAAGUUUUUUGUUUACUUCUUUGUUUUUUUUUUUUUUUUUUUUUUUGAAUCGAACUGCCACUGACAUUCUUGAGCUCCUUGAAGUUGCCAGCUGGUUUUGAGACCUUCAUUUGGUAGCGAUCCACCUGAAGCUGACGUUAUUGACGAAUGGAAAGCAGUCUUUAACCAUCUCUUGGGAGGGUCGAACAUUUACAUGCGGAGAGGAGAAUGCGUGUCCGACUCGUCCAAAAAAAUCAAAAGUACCUUGGACGAAGAAUUUGAUGGGUUUGAGAAGUUUGGAAGGAAAAUAGAUCUUACGUUCUAUUCCGGCGAGUAUAAGCUGGCGAACUGUGAGCUCAAGCUCCCAGAUGCUCCAGAGAUUGACAUCAAGAUUCAAAACAGAAAAAAACAUACGUUUGAACCGCGUAAUAAUGGAGAGCCAUCUCGAGGCGAGCGGUCUCAAAUUGAAUGUUUUGUACUUCAACUACCAAGGCUGGAACGGCAGCAUGUUUGCGCUGUUUCCAUAUGGAGACAUUUAUGUAUCAAAAUACAUACAGUCUGUAGAGCUGCCAAGGACCAAGGCUGGAUUGAGGGGAUUCCUGAGAGGAGAGACCCUAGAACUGCUUUUCAAAUUCGUGUAUCAUUUACGCCAAAUGGCAGAGAGGCUACAGGAGGAGACAGAAGAAAAGAAUAAGCUGAAUGCAAGGAGAAAACACCAACACCUCUUCGAUAAUAGCAAC